UAUUAAAAAUGGCUGCGCCCAUGAAGAAAACUGUCGAAUUGUUUUAUGAUGUUGUUUCACCGUAUUCAUGGAUAGCAUUUGAAGUGUUAACCAGAUAUAAAUCAGUAUGGGGUAACAUGGAUCUAAAACUUAGGCCUUUUUUUCUGGGAGGUGUGAUGAAUGAAUCCUCAAAUCGUCCACCAGCUAUGGUACCUGCAAAAGGAGCUUACAUGAUGAAAUAUGAUAUUCCAAGACUAGGAACAUAUUAUCAAGUACCUAUAAAAAUUCCAAAGAAUCCAGCUGAAGUAAUGUUUGAGAAAGGUUCGUUAACAGCCAUGAGAUUUAUUACAGCAGUAGAUAUUGACCAUCCAGAAUGUACAGAAAACCUGUCACGAGAAUUAUGGAUGAGAGCUUGGAGCAGGGAUGAAGGCAUAUUUAAUCAAAAUGAUUUUCUAGAGGCAGCCAAGAAAGUUGGAAUAAGUGAAGAGAUUGCCAAGAAUGCUCUGGCUAAAAUAAAAGAUGAUGAUGUCAAAAACAGACUGAAGAAAAACACAACAGAAGCUUUGAAUUAUGGGACAUUUGGUGCACCAACAAUAAUAGCUCAUGUAAAUAACAAACCAGAGUUAGUGUUUGGAUCAGACAGGUUCCCAAUUCUUGCCAUGAUAUUAGGUGAAGAAUGGAAAGGACCACAAGCAGAGCUGUCCAAAUGUAAAUUGUAGUUAAUGGAAAGACAAGUACAAGUGUGAACAUAUAGAGUGAUUUUCAGUGAUAAUUUGAACAAAUUUGAUAAUCAUAAAUGUGUAAAAGUGACAGUCAAAGUCUAUGUACAAAGUGUCAAUCUGGUUGUCAAUAUCUGUGAUAAAAAUCAAAUGUGUAAACCAAGAUAUGAUUGACUUUUUGUUAAAUCUGUGUAAAGGAGAGACAAAGGGGAUUUGUUAUUUUUCAUCAAUUUCAUUGUUAUAAAAAUAAGGAGACAUGGAAUGAUUUCCAAUAAGACAACUAGCCACGAAAAAUAGUAUCUCACUAAUAAUAAUGAAUCAACAGUAAAUGGCAUAUAUGCACCAACUUUACAAUAUAUCCAUUUUGUUUACUUAUUAUAUAUAAUCGUCAUAUGUAUACCUUACUCAGGGUUUCAUGUAAAGGAAUUUGUAAGAAAAUUUACCAUAUGAUAUUUUUAAAAGACCAGAAUUGAAUUACAAAAUUGUAAUAUAACUUUGGUAAUCUUUACAAACAAGUACAUGCAUAGAUAUAAUGUUGAUAUUUAUAUUUAUAUUAUAUGUUUUCAACUGGUUAGUCAUAUUGUUAUGGUAUUAUAGUAUUUGGAUCAUUCUGGUUAUUGUCAGAUAUUACAAGAAUUCUUAAUUUGGUACGGAUAACACUUGAAAUGCAACUAUAAUGUAAUAUUAACAAUGCAAUGAAAAAAUUUAAAUUUAAAACUUUGCCAAAACAAUUUAAAACAAGAUGUUUAUUAUUUGUUAUUUUUAUAAUAAAAUUAAUUAAAAGAUUACAUU